UAUAAGUUGAACUAUGAAAAAAACUGCGACUUAUAGUCCGAAAAAUACGGUACUCAGGAGCGACUUAUGUGUGAAAUUAUUAACACAUUACCGUAAAAUAUCAAAUAAUAUUAUUUAGCUCAUUCACGUAAGAGACUAGACGUAUAAGAUUUCAUGGGAUUUAGCGAUUAGAAGUGACAGAUUGUUUGGUAAACGUAUAGCAUGUUCUAUAUGUUAUAGUUAUUUGAAUGACUCUUACCAUAAUAUGUUACGUUAACAUACCAGGCACGUUCUCAGUUGUUUAUUUAUGCCUCAUAUAACGUACACUUAUUCAGCCUGUUGUUCACCAUUCUUUAUUAUUUUAAAUUGCCUUUCAAAUGUCUAUUCUUGGUGUUGGGUUUUAUCAAAUAAAUUUCCCCAAAAAAUGUGACUUAUACUCCAGUGCGACUUAUCUAUGUUUUUCUCCUUCUUUAUUAUGCAUUUUCGGCAGUUGCGACUUAUACUCCGGAGCGACUUACACUCCGAAAAAUACGGUAGCUGUAAUUCCAUUGCAGUUUUUCGCAAAAUAAAAGCGAUAUUUGUAAAAUUUUGACAAAGUACAUUUGUGACUUGUAGGUACUUGGCGCCAUGAGUCGUACAUCUCGUAAAAUCUGUCCUGCUAGACUCCACUUUGAGGAAGGUGGAUGUUUUGGGUUGCCAAGGUUUUGGAGCUGUGAUUGCAACUCCAGCCACUGCUGUUUGUUUGUCACCCGAGUCGCCUGAGGAUGACCCUCAGAAGCGCUAGACUCGCUAUUUGGGAGGCUUUGAAGUUCCCCAAAGGAGUUGCCAAGUUGACGAUGAUACCGCUCUGUUAUCAGCGCUGGGCACCGUAGCCAGAGGUGUUCGGCAGAUUCUUGUUCCUCGUCUUCACACUUUCCCAUAAGGUGAAGCCACCUUCGGAGAGCAGGGUGGUGACCGCAUCGGAAACGGAUGAGGUCGGUGAGGUCUUUCUUCGACAACGAGGACUGGGUUGGGUUUGUGGGAUCUUAGGGAGAUGAGACAAGGUGGUUGGAGGGGGUAGGGAGGCAUCUCUUACGGAUGAUUGCAUGGCGAGUUGAUUGAUGGACUUGGUUGUCAUCUUGGCGGAGGGAGGAGCCGAGCUUGGCUUGUUCAUUGGCAAGGUCGUUGCCUGCCAGGUUGCAAUAGCCUGGGGCCCACAUCAGUUGUAUCCCUUUUAAAGAUGGGAAGCCACUGCUGUUGCCGUGAUUGUCAACAGAAGACGAAGGCAGCGGCUGAUGGCUCAAAGGCAACGUCCUUACGUUGGCAGUGACCUCCAAUAAGGGGUUUUUGGGAGAGAACUGUGAACCAGGAAUUCACAGACGAAUUGUGGAUUCAAGGGCCCCCUCGACAUUGUUCGAGGGGGCUGGGAAGAGAAUAGAGGCUGACCGUUUGGAAGCGAGACCGAGACGACCGAGCCCGAGUUGUUCUGCAUCGGUGCCCCACCAUUUUGGUGUUUAGGCGCCCUGUAAAUGGGGAAAUAAGUGUUUCCAUCAUGCAUUUGCAACACACUUCAAUAUGAAAACGUCUGAAAAACCAUCUCAUAAGAGCGUAUGUUUUAGUGAUAUUUGAGUUUUUUUUCCAAAUCUACCAUUAACAAUAGAGAUGUACGAUAAUAUCGGACUGCCGAUAUUAUCGGCCGAUAAAUGCUUUAAAAUGUAAUAUCGGAAAUUAUCGGUAUAGGUUUCAAAAAGUAAAAUUUAUGACUUUUUAAAACGCCGCUGUACGGAGUGGUACACGGACGUAGGGAGAAGUACAGAGCGCCAAUAAACCUUAAAGGCACUGCCUUUGCGUGCCGGCCCAAUCGAAUAAUAUCUAUGGCUUUUCACACACAAGUGAAUGCAUGCAUACUUGGUCAACAGCCAUACAGGUCACACUGAGGGUGGCCGUAUAAACAACUUUAACACUGUUACAAAUAUGCGCCACACUGUGAACCCACACCAAACAAGAAUGACAAACACAUUUCGGGAGAACAUCCGCACCGUAACACAACAUAAACACAACAGAACAAAUACCCAGAACCCCUUGCAGCACUAACUCUUCCGGGACGCUACAAUAUACCCCGCCCCCCCCAACCCCGCCCACCUUAACCUCCUCAUGCUCUCUCAGGGAGAGCAUGUCCCAAAUUCCAAGCUGCUGUUUUGAGGCAUGUUAAAAAAAAUAAUGCACUUUGUGACUUCAAUAAUAAAUAUGGCAGUGCCAUGUUGGCAUUUUUUUCCAUAACUUGAGUUGAUUUAUUUUGGAAAACCUUGUUACCGUAUUUUUCGGACUAUAAGUCGCAGUGUUUUUCAUAGUUUGGCCGGGCUCCAGUGCGACUUAUAUAUAUUUUUUUCCUUCUUUAUUAUGCAUUUUCGGCAGGUACGACUUAUACUCCGGUGCGACUUAUACUCCGAAAAAUACUGUACAUUGUUUAAUGCAUCCAGCGGGGCAUCACAACAAAAUUAGGCAUAAUAAUGUAUUAAUUCCACAACUGUAUAUAUCGGUAUCGGUUGGGUAUCGUAAUUGGUAAUUAAGAGUUGGACAAUAUCAGAAUAUCGGAUAUCUGCAAAAAAGCCUUUAUCGGACAUCUCUAAUUACCCGUAACAAUUUAUCAUUUAGAUACUUAGCUUUUACGCAUUUUCGGGGGUAAUGGAAACGCAGCUAAUGACUACCAAAAUGUAUUUGCUUGAUUUCUUUUAGUGUUUCUUAAAACAUGGCUUUUUUUCUACAAAAUGAAACAACGGACUGACCAUUCUCCCAGUCUGGUGAAUCCAUCAGUUUGUCCAGGGGUUGUAAUGCUAACACUUUCUUCCCUAAUUCCCACAAAUCCUAAUUGUACAUUGGGGUUUAAUGCAUACACAUGUCAUUUCAUUACGUGACAUGUUUUUAUUUAACCCAAAUGCAACAGGCUGUUGUUUGCAAAGCUUAGUGACAUGAGGACAUUUGUGGUGCUGUGUGGUGGCAGGCUCUCAGGGAUGACAUGGAGGUCAGUUUGUGGCCAGACUUGCUUCCUGGUCUCUUCAUUUCUGUGGAUGAAUGCUAAAGAAGCUUAGGCUGUAUUAUCCUGAUGGGAAAAGGGUUGGCUCUAAGCUGGACAUAACAUCCGCUGAUGGCUAGCGGGCUGGGGUGAAGCUCGAGAAGUCAUAUAGAGACAUCGUCUCCUAGGGAAGGAUCGUAGUUAUUCGUGCAGCCAUGAUUCCCACCAAGAUGUUAGUGUACAAGAGGCCCGAUGACGGCACCCAGACGGUUUCUUGCAGCAGGCGGCGGAAGAAAUCCACGGGCGAACUCUUCCAGAAAGGAUACAGGGUCAGGAAUGGCCAUGACAAAGAGGAGCAGGAUGGCACUUCCUGCUUCCAUGUCAUCUCCUACUGGGGCUUGAGGUUUUUAAGGGCCUUAAGGUUGAUACAGUUCUCAGAAAUUUUACAGUUUUUGAAUAUUCUCAAGACAAGUAACUCCAUCAAGCUGGUCAACUUGUGUUCCAUCUUCAUCAGCACUUGGCUCACAGCCGCAGGAUUCAUCCAUCUGGUGGAAAACUCAGGGGAUCCUUGGGAAAACUUCCAGAAUUCCCAAGCGCUUUCCUACUGGGAGUGCGUCUACUUGCUGAUGGUGACCAUGUCCACUGUGGGCUACGGAGACGUUUAUGCAAAAACCACCCUGGGACGACUCUUUAUGGUCUUCUUCAUCCUUGGGGGACUGGCCAUGUUUGCUCGCUACGUGCCAGAAAUUGCCGCUCUCAUCCUUAAUCGGAAGAAAUACGGAGGGAGUUAUAACUCGACCAGAGGCAGAAAACACAUCGUGGUGUGCGGCCACAUCACGCUGGAGAGCGUGUCCAACUUCCUCAAAGACUUCCUACACAAGGACAGGGAUGAUGUCAAUGUAGAAAUAGUUUUUCUCCAUAAUAUUUCCCCUAAUCUUGAGCUGGAAGCCUUGUUCAAGCGCCACUUCACCCAGGUGGAGUUUUACCAAGGGUCCGUCCUCAACCCGCACGACUUGGCCAGGGUGAAAAUUGAAUCCGCAGACGCAUGUCUGAUCUUGGCUAACAAAUACUGUGCUGACCCCGACGCAGAGGACGCCUCCAACAUCAUGAGGGUGAUCUCCAUCAAAAACUACCACCCAAAGAUCCGCAUCAUCACUCAGAUGCUGCAGUAUCACAACAAGGCUCACCUGUUGAACAUCCCCAGCUGGGCCUGGAAGGAGGGCGACGACGCCAUCUGCCUGGCCGAGCUCAAGCUGGGCUUCAUCGCCCAGAGCUGCCUGGCUCAGGGCCUGUCCACCAUGUUGGCCAACCUCUUCUCCAUGAGGUCCUUCAUCAAGAUCGAGGAGGACACGUGGCAGAAGUAUUACCUGGAGGGCGUGGCCAACGAGAUGUACACAGAGUACCUGUCCAGUGCCUUCGUGGGCAUGUCUUUCCCUGUUAUCUGCGAACUUUGCUACGUCAAGCUGAAGCUGCUGCUGAUAGCCAUCGAGUACAAGUCUGACCAGAGGGAGAGCAGCACGCUGAUCAACCCUGGCAACCACGUUAAAAUGCAAGAGGGGACGCUGGGCUUCUUCAUUGCCAGCGAUGCCAAAGAAGUCAAAAGGGCAUUGUUUUACUGCAAAGCCUGCCACGAUGAUGUCACAGACCCCAAACGGAUCAAGAAAUGUGGAUGCAAGAAGUCAAAAAACACCUACAAUGGCUACAUCAAAUCAAUCGAGGAGAACCAACAGUCGGUGCUGUCGCCGAAAAAAAAGCAGCGAAACGGCGGCAUGAGGAACUCCCCCAACUCCUCGCCAAAGACAAUAAGACACGACCCUCUCCUCAUCCCCGGCGGCGAGCAGAUGGAAAGCAUGGACGAGAACGUGAAGAAGUACGACUCCACGGGGAUGUUCCACUGGUGCAUCUCCAAAGACAUCGAGAAGGUGGUCCUGACUCGGAGCGAGGCGGCCAUGACGGUGCUGAGCGGCCACGUGGUGGUGUGCAUCUUCGGCGAUGCCAAAUCGGCGCUGAUCGGCCUGCGCAACUUUGUGAUGCCGCUGAGGGCCAGCAACUUCCACUACCACGAGCUCAAGCACAUCGUCUUCGUGGGCUCGCUGGAGUACUUCAAGCGCGAGUGGGAGACGCUCCACAACUUCCCCAAAGUCUCCAUCCUGCCCGGCACGCCGCUGAGCCGAGCAGAUCUGAGGGCUGUCAACAUCAACCUCUGCGACAUGUGUGUCAUCCUGUCAGCCAAUCAGAACAAUAUCGACGACGCGUCACUGCAGGACAAAGAGUGCAUCUUGGCGUCGCUCAACAUCAAGUCCAUGCUGUUUGACGACAGCAUCGGCGUCUUGCAGGCCAACUCCCAGGGCUUCACGCCGCCAGGUAUGGACAGAUCGUCUCCGGAGAACAGUCCGGUCCACGGCCUGGUGAGGCAGACGUCAGUGAGCACGGGGGCAAACAUCCCCAUCAUAACGGAACUAGCAGCGUUAGCAAAGGCAGGCAAAAAAGUGCCUGUGAUUUCACUCAGUCAGGAUAAAAGCAGCGGGACCAGCAUACAAAUGAUUACGGAGCUUGUUAACGACUCCAACGUUCAGUUCCUGGACCAAGACGAUGACGACGACCCAGACACAGAGCUGUACCUGACUCAGCCUUUUGCCUGUGGGACCGCUUUUGCCGUCAGCGUGCUGGAUUCUUUAAUGAGCGCCACGUACUUCAACGACAACAUUCUCACCUUGAUCCGCACGCUGGUGACGGGCGGCGCGACGCCCGAGCUGGAGGGGCUCCUGGCAGAGGAGAACGCGCUGCGGGGCGGCUACAGCACGCCGCAGACGCUAGCCAACAGGGACAGGUGUCGCGUGGCGCAGCUGGCCUUGUACGACGGGCCCUUUGCAGACCUCGGGGACGGUGGUUGCUACGGUGACCUCUUUUGCAAAGCCCUGAAAACCUACAACAUGCUCUGCUUCGGCAUCUACCGGCUACGUGACGCACAUCUAAACGCCCAAAGUCAAUGUACCAAACGAUACGUCAUCACCAACCCACCGUACGCCUUUGAGCUGGUGCCCUCCGACCUCAUCUUCUGCCUAAUGCAGUUUGACCACAACGCUGGCCAGUCGCGGACCAGCCUCUCGCACUUGUCUCACUCGUCGCAUUCCUCCAGCAAAAAGAGCUCCUCCGUCCACUCCCUCACCGCCAUCAACCGCAACAACCGCACCAAGAGCAGAGAUCCCCGGGACAAGCUAAAAAAAGACAUGGUUUACAGAUGAGCAGGACAACACUCACCUGAGGACCAUGCAGCACAUCAAGCCUGUGAAUACGCUCGCCAACAACAAGAUCGCCGGCAGCUCGAUCCCCAUCGGGGAAGCGGACGACGAAGGCCGGCAUCUGGAACCCUAGAGUGGGGACAAAUACGUAGACAAUCAAACCGUUGCGGGCGGCUGGAGCUGAGCACCAAAUAAAAGUUGCCUUCCCAGCUGACUGUUGACCAACAACAUUCACACUCGUCGGUGUUUGCACACUUCUUCUGUACAGCGAUGGCCACCGUUGGUUCACAACAUUUGUGAUUAGGGCCAGUUGUUACCAAUGACACUCAGCUCCAGCCUUACUGUUUGUCGUCGACUUACCUUUGCCUUUUUUCACAACGUAAUAAAUGUUUUCAUGUCGGGUAAACUCACUGGCUUUCUUCCAAAUAUGAUAGAGCUGUUUUGCUAAUGACAAAAUCACCAAAAACAAAACUGAAGCCACGUAUCGCAUAACGUGGGCGUAAUGAAGUCCUCCUUUGGCUGGAAGCACUGCCCGAUGAUACAUACGCGUUUGUAUUAUUUCUUUGACACCCCCGUGAAAACAGCUCUAUCAUACGUUCCAUGUUACGUCCCUGUGAUCAAAGCAUAUCCGCUUUAGCGUGUGUUUGACUAAGAUGUGUCACUGGUACCACCAGAGGGCAGUGCUUCAGCCAACGGAGGACUCCAGACGGCCCACAGCUGCGAGAAGAGGCUUCAGUUUCGAUUGAAUUAGAAAAUGUCUUAACUCUAACAAUGUGAAAUGUUUCGCUCUUAACUUGUGGCCACAAAAACAGUGCUGCUAAGUUAUGUCUACUACUAAUAGGCUUGUAAAUUUGUUGGGUUUUUUUGUAUUUUCAACAAAUUAAACAACUAUGUAUUGUG